UCACAAGACUGAAGUUCGCUGUAUCACCAUCCAUCCACGCUGUGAAAUUCGACUUCUGGUAGGUCAAUUUCCGGAGAGCCUCUUGAUAUUGGUGCCUUGCAAGAAACUCUUCGCCAUUAUGACUGGUGAACAAUAGCAACAUUAACAUGACGAAGAGGAUUGACGGUAAAGGUCCUCGUUGUUGAGGGGUUCUCCCGAAGAGACCUGACUCUUCCUCUCGAGUAGGAUUAUCCAUACUGAAUAACCUCAAGAGCAGUGUUGAAAGAACAGCGACAGUAAUCUGAAUAAAGCAACAGCAGACCAGAGACCCGGGCCGGCGACCGUGACUUUAUUUCAACCUCAACUUUCAACAAUGUUCAAUCAAAGUGGUAGUCGUCGGUGGGAGCACUUCCAGUCAGCGCUACAACUUGCAGUCCAAAAAUCUGCUCGGAAGUGGUCAUAUGAAGAUUUCACGCAAUGCUUUCCUCUAUAUGCCGAAGAAGACCUGAACGGGGCCUCUACGACGUUUAACACGAUAUCUGACUAUAUAGAGACACAAGCCUUGCGAGACUUGGAAAAGAUAUUCGAAACAUACAACCUUCGCGAAAAUAUUGACACAUUACACACCAUUGUGACAGAAGCGAAAGAACGCAAAAAGGCUGGCGUCUCUCCUGGCAAAGAUAUUUGGAGAGAGGAUCUUGAUGCACGUAGUGCGAUAGCCUCGAGAACGGUUCCAGUGUUGGAACAAGAGGCGAAGAGGUUACGAGAUUCAUUAGCUGCAUUGGAAGCCACAAAUGCUGAAACUGAAGUCGAGAUUAGAGCAAAUGUUGACACUGCAGACCGCGCCGAUGAACGUGCUGCGUUACUAUUUAAACAGGUGCAUAAGGCUCUCGAAGAGUGGCAACAGGUAUCUCCUGAUGUUGAAGCGUGGACCGUCACCAAUUCCGAAAGCUCUGAGCCUCAACUUCAUGGCUAAUAUAUCCAUUCAUUUCAACAUUUCUGAAAGAUGUUUUUCCAUGUCUCUGUGUAGCGAUAUCUCAUCAUGUAGCCUUUUGAAAUUUCGAAUUCUUUUUAACGUAUUGCGUGUCAACCUAUUCAAUCAUCGACCAGUAUGCUUCAUUCCAACCCACAUAGCAUACGGUCUCUUCAUUAUCGCAUCCCCACCCUUUCCUAUCCUCCAAAUCUCCCAUGCGGGGACAUUCAACCAACAAGACAAGAAGUCCCG